UCUUCCAGAAGAUGCUGAGCUGCUCAUUAUACAGCCCGCAGUGAGCACAGGACGCUGAGCCUCACCCAGCACCACCAGCCUCACCCUGCUACCGACCCUCACAUGCUUUCAUCGAAGAUGGAACACGCAUAUCUGUGAACCAGUUUCUGCUCAAUUACGGAGUGUUAGACGGGCAGCCUGGACCGGAGGAGACCAGAAUGAUGUCCUCUUACUAUCACCCUGCCAAGGAAGCAGACAUGGCGGCCAUGACAGAGCCGCUCUGCCUGGAGAGAGAUGUGUGCAGGGUGAUCGAGCUGCUGGACCGUCUGCAGCGGAGUGGGGAACUGCCUCCUCCAAAACUGCAGGCCCUCCAGAGAGUCCUGCAGAGCAAAUUCUGUGCUGCCAUCAGAGAGGUAUAUGAGCAGCUCUAUGACACUCUGGACAUUGUUGGAGGACCAGAGGUGCGAGCACAGGCAACUGCCAAGGCCACAGUGGCAGCCUUUGCAGCCAGCGAGGGCCACGCCCACCCAAGGGUAGUGGAGCUGCCCAAGACAGAAGAAGGUCUUGGCUUUAACAUCAUGGGGGGCAAAGAGCAGAACUCCCCCAUCUACAUCUCCAGAGUGAUCCCUGGGGGGGUGGCCGAUCGCCAGGGAGGGCUUAAGAGAGGAGACCAGCUACUGUCCGUCAAUGGAGUGAGUGUUGAAGGGGAGCACCAUGAGAAGGCUGUGGAGCUGCUGAAGGCGGCGCAGGGCUCAGUGAAGCUGGUGGUCCGCUAUACCCCCAAGGUCCUGGAGGAAAUGGAGGCUCGCUUUGAGAAGAUGAGAAGUGCCCGCAGACGACAGCAACACACUAGCUACUCAUCUCUGGAGUCCAGGGGUUAGCUCAAGUCCUCUGUCGACUUCAUCGUCCUACCCCCCUGACUUCUGUUCUAGUGGGAGAAUCAAAAAACCAAAGUAGCCUACUAACACCUUGUCUUCAUGAAGCCAACGCUGCAGUUUAGGAUUUUCUUCCCUCUUUCUCUCCCUACUCCUUAGAGAAAUGCUGAAUGAGCUUGUUAUCAACCCAUGCCUAGAAUUGUAUUUUUCCAGUGUAAAAUUACCACAGCAUGAUAUUACUUCCAACAACCUUGUGUUCUCAAUUCCCUUUAUUUUGUAUUGUCAUGUACAAUACAAAAGUCCAGCACUCUUAGCGGUGUGCAAUUAGAGCUCUGUAGCAGAAAAAAGAUGGAAGCUGACACACAGCCUUCAAUGCUAUUUAUCAUGUCCCAUAAUAAUUAUGAAGAACAACCCUGGAAUCACUGGCAAGUGUCACCUAGUCAAAGUUUUGGGAAUUUUUAAAUAAUAAUGUAUUUGUGUAUUCAUUGAUUUUCAUAAUUAUCGAUUAAAUAAAGUCUGUGUAAAGUAAA